AUGAGUUGCUUCACAGCCCAUCUUGCACAAAGAGAUUUGGAUUGGGCAUUGUGGGCUUGGCAAGGUAGCUAUUAUUUUAGAGAAGGUCAAGCAGAGCCUGGAGAAAGUUUCGGAGUGCUCGACUCUAAUUGGACUCAAAUUAAGAACCCUAACUUUGUACAAAAGUUUCAACUAUUGCAGACCAUGUUGCACGAUCCAAAUUCUAAUGCAUCGUUCUCAUAUGUUAUAUAUCAUCCACAAAGUAGCCAAUGCAUCCAAGUCUCCAAUGACAACAAAGAAAUUUUCCUCACCAAUUGCUCCACCCCAACUCGAUGGAGUCAUAACAAUGAUGGCACUCCAAUUGAGAUGUCAAGCACUGGUUUAUACUUGAAGGCCAGUGGGGAAGGCCUUGAGGCAUCUCUUUCAACUGAUACCUUAAGCCAACAAAGUGUUUGGAGUGCCAUUUCAAACUCUAAACUUCAUUUGGCCACCUUCACUCAAGGUGGAAAGAGCCUUUGUUUGCAAAUGGAUAGCUCCAACUCUUCAAAAGUUGUGACCAACUCUUGCAUUUGCACCAAUGGUGAUCCAAAUUGCCUCCAAGACACCCGAAGCCAAUGGUUUGAACUCGUUGAAACCAACACAUUAUGA